AUGCCGACAAAGAGACGUGGCACGCUGACGGUUAAAUGAUCAGAGCGUUUCAUUUCAAACCGUCGUCGUCCUGUGUCAUUCAGCAGGGAGGAAGGAGCUAAAACACCCCGUCCGGACCAGAGACAUGGCUUCAAAUAACGGCUCAGUCGGUAAAUGGGAGGUAGUGAAGAAAGGGAAGAAAAACAGUAGCUCGGGAGGAGGUAAAAACCCGACUGACAAGAAGCCCGGCGGCGGCAGCGGGGGAAGGAAAGCCCUGGGCGAGUCCAACCAGCAAGCUAGACCACCCCUGAAGAUGUCAGAAACUCUGUAUGACGGCUUCGAGAAGAUGGGCAAGAAACAGAACAAGGAGCAGGUUCCACCACCAGCCGAGCCUCAAAACAAGAAGCCCUCAUCAAGUAAACCAUCCAAGAAGUCACACUCCAGCAAUACAGACACUCGGGCAACUCACAAGACCCUCGAGGAAGCCUUCAAAGCUUUGGAUGUCGCAGACCUGAAGCAGCAGUUGGCUCGCAGUCAGACCUUGUUCCCAGAGAACCCAUCAGUGUGGGUCAAAGAUCUGGCAGGAUACCUCAACCUCAAUCUGACUGCACCAGAGACUGAGCCCACACUCAGCAGCUAUGCUCACGACUACCCAUACUGCCUUAUAGGAAAGGAGCUGAAGGGCGUGAUCAAAGGCCUCAUUGGACGUUGCAGUGACAUUCUGCCAGAUUUCUUCGACCACUGUAUUUACACUAUGCUCAGGGAGCUGGACAGACAGUCAGGAGAACCACUGCACGGCUACAGAGUUUGCAUUCAAGCAAUUUUACAAGACAAACCCAGAAUAGCCACCCAGAACCUGCCCGAGUAUUUGGAGUUGUUGAGGUCGGUUCAGAAUCGUCCAGUGAAGUGUUUGACCAUCAUGUGGGCUCUGGGUCAAGCUGGAUUUUACGAUCUCAGCCAGGGACUAAGAGUGUGGCUGGGAAUCAUGCUUCCUGUGCUGGGAGUGAAGUCCUUAUCUUCAUAUGCCAUCGCCUAUCUGGAGAGACUUCUACUACUUCAUGCAAACCUGACAAAGGGAUUUGGCAUCAUGGGUCCUAAAGAGUUCUUUCCUUUACUGGAUUUUGCCUUCAUGCCCAAGAAUGCCCUUUCAUCAAGUCUGCAGGAGCAGCUGAGGCGUCUGUACCCUCGACUAAAAGUUCUCGCAUUCGGAGCCAAACCUGAGAGCACAUUACACACAUACCUGCCAUCGUUUCUGUCCAGAGCCACGCCACACUGUCCAGAUGACAUGAAGAGAGAGCUUCUCAGCAGUAUGACAGAGUGUUUGUGUGUGGAUGUACAGAGUCUUGGAGUGUGGAGGCAGCUCUAUACCAAACACUUACCCCAGUCCAGUCUGCUGUUGAACCAUUUACUGAAGUCCUGGAGAGUCCUGCCACCAAAGCUGAGGAAGAACCUUGAAGAAACUGUCCAGUCUUUCAAAGUGACCAAUGAGGAGAUGAGAGACACCGUUGAAUCUCAGGACCUUCAAGAAUGCAAUAACCUGUGUCAGAAUCUGCAGGUGAAGAUGCGUGGUCACGGGUUCCCCUGGUCCAAGCUGCUCAUGGUCCUGCUCGUGUUUGCUGCCGGCUUCAUCGCUCAUGAUGUCAGAUCUCACGGCUCCUUCGCAGAUUCAACAGCAGCCAGGUAUCUGCGCAGCUCAGGGGUUACAGCUGUUUCUCAGCAGGCUUGGAGUAAAAUAACAGUCUACUCUAAGCAGGGCUUCAGUUGGAUAGAGACAAACACUCCUCAUUAUUACUCUGAGUGUGUGCGGGUGUUGGGGCCAUUAAUGGAACAAGGUUUGGAAAAGGCAAAAACAGCAGCCAUCUUCAUCUCUGAAAACACCACCCAGUUAAUCCUCUGGGUGAAAGAAAAGACACCGCUGGUCAUAGAAUGGGUGAACACCAACACUCCAGACAGUGUAUUCCAGGUGUUGGCAUACCUGAAAGAGCUCCUCCUCCUCCUUCACCAGAACUACAUCCUGCCAGCGCUGGCGUACAUGUCUGACCUGCUACAACGAGCGUGGACCAACCUUCAGGAGUCCUGCAAUGGCGAGGUUUCCGUAUCGUGUCUGCAGGGUCACGCGUUGUCUUUCACCAACUCAACGUGGCAGCUGCUCCAACACACAACCUCCGCCAUCAAGACGUGGGCUCAGGAGCUGUUGACACGAGCAUGAUAACGCAACAGAUGCUGACUAAUUUACACACAUUCAAAAUAUACACACACAAAGUUAUAUACACACACACACUGACCCAGUCUGAGACUGCCUUUCAGUGCGUCGGCUCCCCUCUUAAGCCGUGAUUGGACACUGUGGGGCCUGACAGCGAACUCUCACUCAAAAAAAGGACCCUUCUAUCACUUGUUUUGGCUAAAUUUUAUCAACCAGUUUGCUGUUAUAUGGAUGUUUUUUUUCUACCAAUCUUUUUGUCACCGCUGGAUGCAGAGGUCGUCUCCCUCUCCCUGAGUUUUCUACUGCAAAUUUCAGCUGUUUCUUUAACUGCUGGGUUAAAAAAAAAUAUAUGUAAUUUAUAGAAAAUGUAGGUUUGUAGAUGAUUUAUAAACCAUUUUUAUUUAAAGAUAUAAAAAGGUGUUCUGUGAAAACUUGGAAAAGGGCAGGGAAAUGACCAAAAAGAUAUUCCAGACUUCUCCAAGCCACAGACCUCAUCGGUUAAAUUCUGAGAGCCACUUCAUCUUCUACACGUGGUCCUUCUCACCAGAAAGAUGCGGUAUGUGUGUGUGUGAGUGUGUGUCAGCCUGUGCAAAGCCAUCAUCAAGCCUUGGGAAGCUGUCCAGCAGGUGGCGCACAAUGUAAAGCCUCCAACAAGAAAGAUGAAUUCAGAUAAUAGUGGGGUCAAAUCUGCUGGUGGAUUGACUCCUUCAGAGUGAAAAGCAUGAACCAGAAUGGGACACGAGGAGUCUCACAUCAAUCCAGGAAGUCCAGAGGAUGAAGAAAUCUUACCUACUGUCUCUCUAUCCUGCACAUCACCUCGUCUUUGCUGCUUCAUCUUCUGCUUCUCAUGCUGCUUCGUCCAUCCUCCUCCUCCUCUGCUGCAGUCAGUAGCUCCACACCUGAGCUAACAGCAGCACAACGGUUGUGCGCUCAUACUUGAAGGCUGAUGACAUUCUGUGUGUGUCUGUGUGUGUGUGUGUCUGCAUGGAUGCUUAGUCUAAAUAAUUGUAUGGUGAUUAACCCCCUCGUGCCAAUGUGUUCUUGUACACUGCAAUACGACAAAAUACCCCUCUUCUGACCGGCUGAUUCACUAACCCCUCCUUGUAAACAAGAUGUUUGGAUGGAUAUGGCAAUGACUUACUUUGUAUGUAAAUGAUUUAUAAUAAAGAAUUCAACCCCA